AUGCAGCGAGCCGCGUGGGUCGAUGCCCACUGCCACCUCCAGGACCCGCGUCUUGACGCCAGCAGUAGCGACGUACUCGCUCGGGCUGCUCGGGACGGCGUCGUCGCGAUUAGCUCGUGCGCCUGCACCGAGGCCGAGUGGGCACGUUGGCCUGCGUUCGCCGCGGCCCAUGCCACAACAUCCGUGCAGCUCCUGCCGGCCUUUGGUAUCCAUCCGUGGUUUGCCGGUGACGCGUCGGCGUCGUACUUGAGCGCAUUAGAGGCGACCUUGCGGCUGCAUCCCACGGCCAGCGUGGGCGAAAUUGGGCUGUGCAAGAGCCGGCGUGGGGCUGCCGUGCCCAUGGCGAUCCAAGACGCGCGCUUCCGUGAGCAGCUGCAGUUGGCGGCUCGCCUCGAGCGGUCCGUCGUGGUGCAUUGCGUUGGCGCGUACGGCAAAGUGCUGGAUGCGCUCACUCAGAUUCCGCAACCGCGGCCAGUGGUUUUGCACUCGUUUAACGGUGCGACCGAGAUAGUUCGGUCGUUCGCUCGUUUGAAGCAGACGCGCGUCUACUUUUCGAUUGCGACCAAGCUCAUGGGCACCGAGAAGGCCACCGAGAUGCUGCGCGCGAUCCCAAUCGAGCGACUGCUCUUGGAGACAGACUCGCCCGACCAGCUGCCGCUCGAGUUGGCACACGAAGUCGAGCUGAACGAGCCAAGCGUCUUGCCUCGCGUCGCCGCUGCGCUUGCAGCAACUCUGCAGCUGCCGCUGGAAGCGCUCGCGGCGCAAACAACCAAGAACGCUCUCGAGGCUUACGGCGUCGAAGAAGGGUGCCGUCAAUAGAGUAUUGGUGGCUAAGAUUAUGGCGAACGACCGAGCGAGCGCUCUUCCUCCGUGCCACUGGACUCGCUGCGACCCGAUGCCAACGCAUACGAAUACGCCUUCCCUUGGCACAUGUGAUCGAUCUACCAUGCGGAUCUUGUCGCCAUGACCAGCUCAUACCCGC